AUGUGUAUGGUACUGAAAACUUUUAAGUUGUCUAAGAAUCCUCUGGUACAGUUAUUGUAUUUAAUACUCAUUGUUACUACCGUUAGCAACCAAGCUGAUGAAGAAUCUGCCGGUCCAAUUCGAGUACAGACUGAUGAAAACAUUAAUAAUGUAGCUAAAGGCACAGAUCCUAUUUCAUCAAGUGUGGAUAAAGGAUCAACAAUUAAUGGCGAAGAUCCGAAACUGGAUGAUGAAGACGACCCAUUUCGUACUAUGACGCUAGACUUACCUGAAUCAACAACUCCUGAAGACCUUAAACCAAAAGGAUCAACAAUUAAUGGAAAAGAUCCGAAACUGGAUGAUGAAGACGACCCCUUUAGUACUAUGACUCUAGACUUACCUGAAUCAACAACUUCUGAAGACCUUAAACCAGAAGAAACGGAAUUAGAAGCAAGAAAUGAUCAGAAUAUCAAAGGCGCAGAUCCUAUUCCAUCAAAUGUGGAGAAAGGAUCAACAACUAAUAUUGGAAUGAUAGAACAAAAUAAAAACAUGAUUAAAGGAUUUCUUUCAGGGUUGAAUGCUAGAAAUAGCAUAAAUCAGCCUAAUAAAAAUGAAAUAAAUGAUAUUAAAAAUAACAUAGAUGUUACAGAUGAUAAGAUUGAAGAUGAGAAACUGGUUGUUGAAGACGACUCAACAACUCCUGGAGACCUAAAGCCAGAAGAAAAGGAAUUAGAAGCACAAAAUAAUCUGAAUAUCGAAGGCACAGAUCCUAUUCCAUCAAAUGUGGAUAAAGGAUCAACAAUUAAUGAUGAAUCAAUGGAACAAAAAAAAAACACGAUUAAAGGAAUUUUCGACAGGAUAAAUUCUAGAAAUAGCAUAAAUCAGCCUAAUAAAAAUGAAAUAAAUGAUAUUGACCUUAAAGAAAAUAACAUAGAUGUUACAGAUGAUAAGAUUGAAGAUGAGAAACUGGUUGUUGAAGACGACUCAACAACUCCUGGAGACCUUAAACUAGAAGAAAAGGAAUUAGAAGCACAAAAUAAUCUGAAUAUCGAAGACGGAAUAAUAAGUUCAAAAAAAAAAAAAUCUCAAGGUUCACCACAAGAUACCCAAGGUCCACCACAAGAUACUCAAGGUUCACCACAAGAUAAUCAAGCUCCACCACAAGAUACUCAAGAUACGCCACAUCCAUUGAAGCCAAUUAAUCCGGAAGACUUGACACUAUCUUCACUCGAGAAUGUUAAAAUCGUAAAAAUUAAACAAUUCGAUCCAGUCGCAGAAGAAUCAAGGAAAAAAAAAAAAAGAAACAUAUUUAAAGAAUUCGCACCUACAGAAGGAAAUGCACGCAUAUAUUGUACAUUUUUGGGAGAUGUAUUAAAAAUGUACAAAAAAGUAAAAAAACGUUUUAUUGGUCACUUUUGUCAUGCAAUUGUUUUUGGUGCCCCAAUAAUCUUAAAAAAUCAUCGGGUACACUUGAGCGAAAACACGAGAAAUCAGCUGCUUGGUAUACAUGAACACAAACAACUAAGUCUUGUUAUCGUCAUUAUGCAAUUUUCAAACUAUAAAUAUUGGGUGCACGCGUUACGCAACAACAGAGGCAUGAAAAACUUAAUCAUAGAUAUAAUACAUACGGCCGUGCAUUAUAAAAUUGACGGAAUACAAUUUUCAAACUUACAUCCAACAAGGGAAACCGAUGAAGUAAAUACACACAUGAUGAAUAAUCUAAUACGAUUCUUUGAAAGACUGGAACUUGCUGCAAAAGCAAAGAAUCAUGAUUUAAAAAUUGGUAUAACUAUCGAUAUGCACGGUCUGUCAAUCACAAAAAGUUUUACUUCAUUCAAACAUUUAAAUUCACUGGUCACUUGGUAUUCAUUCAAAACGAUUUCGAUGGUAAAAUGUUCAUCGGAGUACAAGGCUAUAGGCACUUCUCCAUUAGAAGGAAACAUGGGCUUUAAAAACACAAUUAAUACAUUAAUCGAGCAAAUUAAUAGCAAUAAUGAAUUCGAUAUGACGAAACUUGUAGUUGGUAUACAAUUGUUUCCAAAUAAAAAAAUUGGGUCAGAGCCAUCAACAUAUGAAGAGUUUUGUUCAGACCCAAAAGAUAAAUGGGACGAGUGGUGUGCUGCAAGACCUAAAGACUUUCAGGCAAAGGGUAGAUUUUUGAGGAGCACUCAAAUUGGAGGCCUCCAACUGUAUUACAUGCAUUCUGACGAUUACAGGUCCACAUGUGGAUGUUAUUCGUUCCCAUUGAUCAGGGCACUUCUUCGGGGCUUGAUUAAAGUUGAUACGCCAGAAACGUGUGAUUUUGAAACGGCACACAACUAA